AUGGAUAGUACUGCCGUAGCGAUUCCAGGACCACCGGAGCAGUAUGACACGUCCUCACACGUGCGAGAGGUACCGAUACCCAAAAACAAAUGGCUUUUCAGUGUACACGAUCAGAUGUCCGGAGAGUCCAACACUCGCAUACAGCUCCCUCAGAAGGCACUGGAACAAUCACAGACUCGGUGCGGUACUCACGCCACUGACAUGUUGAGCAGCGCUUUGUGUGUCAAUCACGCCAUCAAUCUGCACAUCGUCGACGAUGUGGCAUCGAUCUGGUGGUACGAUCAUCAGGGUACCAUCCGCUCUGAGGCAAUGAACUUCAUACAGGAUCUACCGCGUUUCUUGGUCCUUCUCCUAACGUUUCAACGUUUCACCCUCGAGGACUGGGGCGUAAACACGAUGCUGAAUCCAAAGGCUCGUGACAUCCACGAUGCCGCC